AUGGCUGCGAUUGUUCGUGACGAGGGUCACUCUCGAGAAUCACGCACUACAAGUAUCUACUCGUAUCUGAUGGCUCCUUCGAUUAGGGACAGGCGAAGAUUCAGAGUAGAGAACGCAGUGCUCGUGCCCUGGAAAAAGAAAGCCCAGAGUGACGGCCCUCCUCACUGGCCCGAGAAUCCCACGACUAAGACGCUUGGCCCCUGUGAUGUCUCCGGGACGACCAUCGCCCCUGGUCCAUUGGCUAUCUUGGGGGGAUGGUACCGUGGAACGAACGUCUCCGUAUCCCUGGUUCUGCAGAUCUAA